AUGAAAUGUGUUGAGAUUAAUACAGACUUUUCAAUGGGCUAUUAUAGAAUAGUUAAUAAAAUAAAAAUAAAUUUAGGCACUAUUAUGAGUGAUUUGAAAUAAAAGGAUAAUGAGCUCAAAUAUUACAAUUUAGCUAUAGAAAAAGAUGGGAAUUUUUAUCAUGCAUUUAUAAGUAGAGGUAACAUUAAAAUGAAAAUAUAAGGGCUGUAUUAUAUGGAUGAACAAAGAAUUGAUAAAGCUCUUAGAGAUUUCAAUUAAGCGAUUCAAAUUAAUCCAAAAUAUUUUUUGUCCUUUUAUAAUAGAGGUGAGUUCUAAUAAUAAAUAUACAAGGCUAAUUAUAUGAUGAUAUUGGUGAAAAAGAAAAAGCAUUAAAUGAUUAUAAUCGAGCAAUUCAACUUGAUCCAAAUAAUGCAUUAGCCUAUACUAAUAGAGGUUAAUACUCUUAAACUUAAGAUUUUAGCCAAUUUAUAUUGUAAUUUCGGCGAGAAAUUCAAAGCAUUAAAUGACUUUAAUCAAGCAAUCCGACUAUCUCUAAAAUUUAUUAAUGCCUAUAACAGAAAAGGUUUUAUUUCCAUAAUAGAAUUUUAGGUGUUACUUUAUAGAAUUUGAAAUAAUAUGAACAAGCAAUAAUCAGCUAUAAUAAAGCGAUUCUAAUUAAUCCAAAUUAUGUUUAUGCCUACUAUAAUAAAGGUUUUAUGUUAAAUAUCAAUUAGCAAUUUCAUUACUUCUUUAGAAUAUUUUCUCAAAAUAGCAAAACUAAACCAAAUCUAUGA